UCAACAAUAUCAAAAUGUUGGCCAUUUCUCCACCUUUGUUCUCAACAAUUGGAUGGCCCUUUGAAGAGCACAUAAGCCAUAAUCUGCAUCAGAAUCACUUCUACAAAGACAUUACUACUACUGAUCAAUUAUUUCAUAUUAAAAACCAACUUGAAGCUGAAAAUUCAACUGAUCCAUCACAAGCCACAAGCUGUGACCUUAGUCUGGUCAAGAAGCUUGUCCAUAAUGCUAGUGAGCGCGAUCGCCGCAAGAAGAUCAAUAAUUUGUAUUCUUCACUACGUUCACUUCUUCCUUAUUCAGAUCAAUUGAAGAAGUUGAGCAUUCCAGCAACAAUUUCGCGAGUUCUAAAAUACAUACCGGAGUUACAAAAACAGGUGGAAGGACUAAUUAAGAGAAAAGAAGAGAUCUUAUUGAGAUUUUCUCCUCAAGUUGACGAGGUUAUAAUAAGCAAAGAAUCUCAAAUGAAGAAGCAAAGUUACAAUUCUGGUUUUGUAGUUUCAACAAGUAGACUUAAUGAUAGUGAAAUUACUAUUCAGAUUUCAUGUUACACUGUCAACAAGAUUCCAUUAUCUGAGAUCUUGCUCUGUUUAGAAAAUGAUGGCCUUUUUCUGCUAAAUGUUUCUUCUUCUCAGACAUUUGGAGGGAGGGACUUCUAUAAUUUGCAUUUACAGGUGGAUAAAUCUCAGAGAUUAGAAACCGAUAUUCUAAAUGAGAAGCUCUUAUCAAUAAUGGAGAAAAAGUGAAUUUUCAAGUCAAUAAAAAUUAGUUACAUUGGUUUUAAUUUAUAAUGAUGAUCAAAUGAACUUCUAUGAUGUUGGAAGCAAGAAGGGUAGUGCAUAUUUCUUAGGAUUAAAAUUUAAAUGUUAAUUAGACCUAACCUCAGUUACCAAGCGAUAUCUCUCUUUCAUUUUAUUACAAGAGAAAUUAAAUAGAAGAAUUGGGAUAUAUAGGGUGUAGAAAACAAAAUGGAUGAGUGUAACAAGCAAUUAAGAUAUGUAUAUUUGUUGAUGUUUGCUCUAAACUCUACUAUUUUGGUUGAUUUUUUAUUGACAAGCUA